AUUUCUAAUACAUACGACCAUAGGAUCAGGAAAAUACGGUACCCCGUCAGAUCUACACACGUCAAGCCUGAUACCGGCGGAUUAGUAGUUAGGUGGGUGACCACUAGCGAAUACCCGGCUGUUGUAUGUUUUUGCCUUUUUUUUGGCCUUCGCUAUGUCUCCACUAAGAGAGGAAGAAGUCCACGUCCUUGGACCCUCGUAUUUACAAGUAGAUUACAAGAUCCUUCUUUUCCUCUUUCCCCUUUUCAAUCUUUUAUCAUUAUUCUAGUCGAUCUAUUUUUCUGUCUCCCUGCAUCUAUUUGA